AUUUGGAAAAAGCCUUUACGAGCUGUGGGCGAACAACCCCGCAUCUUCAUUUCCAUCUCCAUCACUGCAGCAUCACGGAGAAUUUCUGCUUUUUUUCUGACAUAUAGAGAACAUCUGGGCGAAUAUACCUCCUUCAUUCACCAGUUUUGUGAUGUAUUAAGAGGUUUCGGAAAGUUUGAUUUGAUUGAUGUUCUGCUGAUACCGGGGUUGAAGAUGUCGGUCAGGCAUUUGGCAGCGGUGGCUCUCUUAACACUCGCAGCACUGACAUCAGUGAGAGCCCAAGUAAUACCUCCGUCAGACUUGAGGUUUAAGAUAUUAAAUGAAAACACAGUGCAAAUGACAUGGAAGCAACCGCUGUCAAGGGUUGAGGGCUUCAGAGUACAAGUGACGUCAGAUACAGAAGAGCCUGUUAAGGAAUUUACACUUUCUUCCACCUCAACCAAAACCUCUAUCACUGAUUUGACCCCCGAUGUGGAUUAUGUUGUUACGAUAACGUCAUAUUUGGGAUCAGAAGAAAGUAUACCAAUCUCUGGUCAAAUAACAAUCCAAUCAAGCGGUUUUGAAGGAGGUACCAGGAAACCUCAGGUCUCAGAUGCAGUCAAAUGCUCAAUAGGCUCCAUUGCCGACCUUGUCUUCCUGGUGGACGGCUCUUGGAGUGUCGGACGGGAAAACUUCAAAUUCAUUCGUAACUUCAUCGCAGCCCUGGCUGGUGCGUUUGACUUGGGGGAGGACAAGACUCGAGUGGGUGUUGUUCAGUACAGCACCGACACCAGAACUGAGUUUAACCUUAACCAGCACUUUAGACGGGCCGAUCUACUCAGAGCCAUUAACAAUCUGCCAUACAAGGGCGGCAACACCAUGACAGGUGAAGCCCUGGAUUACCUGCUGAAAAACAUGUUCACAGAGGCCGCCGGUGCUCGAAAGGGAUUCCCCAGAGUAGCUGUUGUUAUCACAGACGGGAAAUCUCAGGACCCCGUGGAGGGUUACGCCAAGAAGUUGAAGAACGCUGGAGUCGAAAUCUUCACAUUGGGGAUCAAAGAAGCAGAUGAGGAAGAGUUAAAACAAAUGUCUUCAACGCCCUACAGAACGCACGUGUACACGGUGCCAAACUUCGACAUGAUCAAAGCUGUGGAGAAAUCGUUUAUUGCGCAGGUGUGCAGCAGUGUUGACGACCAGCUCAACUCGCUGGCUAGCGGAGAGGAAGUGGUUGAACCAGCGUCAAACUUGCAAGUCACAGAGGUCGCGUCCAAGUCAAUGCGGGUGACUUGGGAUGCGUCUAUUGGGGAAGUGACUGGAUAUAAGGUGCAGAUGGUUCCCAUGUUGGCCGGCAGCAAGCGUCAGGAGCUGUACGUUGGGCCGACUCAGACCUCUGUGAAUGUGAGAGAUUUGUCUCCUGAUACUGAGUAUGAGAUCAGCUUGUUUGCACUCAAAGGUCUGACGCCCAGCGAGGCUGUUAUGGCAAUGGAGAAAACCCAACCUUUGAAGGUAUCAUUAGAAUGUUCUCUGGGUGUGGAUGUACAAGCCGACAUCGUUCUCCUGGUUGACGGUUCCUACAGCAUUGGGAUUACAAACUUUGCUAAAGUUCGAGCGUUUUUGGAAGUCCUGGUCAACACUUUUGACAUCGGACUGAACAAAGUUCAAAUCAGCUUGGUCCAGUAUAGCAGAGACCCAUACACCGAGUUCUACCUCAAUACCCACCAUGAUCUAAAUGCUGUGGUCAAAGCCGUGAGAACCUUCCCCUACCGUGGAGGCUCUACAAAUACUGGAAAAGCUAUGACGUAUGUGAGAGAGAGGAUUUUUAUUGCAACGAGAGGCGCUCGUGAGAACGUACCACGCGUUACAAUUCUGAUCACCGAUGGGAAGUCCUCGGACGCUUUCAAAGACCCAGCUGCUAAGCUCAGGAACACUGAUGUGGAGAUUUUUGCAGUGGGUGUGAAAGAUGCCGUCCGCUCGGAGCUAGAGGCGAUUGCUAAUCCUCCAGCGGAGACCCAUGUGUACACCGUAGAGGACUUCGAUGCUUUCCAGAGGAUUUCCAAUGAGCUAACCCAGUCCAUCUGUCUGAGGAUUGAGCAAGAGCUUCUGAACAUCAAGAGGAGAAGUCUGGUUGCUCCCAGGUCUCUGACGUUAUCAGAAGUGACUUCCAGGAGCUUCCGAGCUUCUUGGGAAAUAGAUGCUGUGGAUGUUCAGGCCUACCUGGUGCAAUACAAACCCGACGCAGACUCAGAAGCUAGUUAUACCUCGGUGUCCAUUCCAGGAGACUCUACCACGACCGUUUUAUAUCACCUUACUCCAGUCACAAAGUACGAGGUUAAGGUUUACGCCCAAUAUGAGAAAGGAGAAAGCUUUCCGCUAUCAGGCUAUGAGACCACACUUGACGAAUUAGGAUCUGUUACCAACCUGAAGGUUUCAGAAGAGACGAGCAACAGUUUUCGGGUGUCAUGGAGGGAGGCUCCUGGUCCAGUGGUGCGGUAUAGACUCACAUACGUCCCAAUCCAAGGGGAUAGUGGGUUGCUUGAAACUGCAACAGUCGGCCCUGAAACCACCAUCGUUCUUCAGCAACUUUACCCAGUUACUACCUACCGUGUCUCUGUGGCUGCUGAAUACCCAUCAGGCGUUGGGCCUCAAAUGCAGAUUGAUGGAACAACCAAAGAAGAACUUGGCUCACCGAGAGACCUGCGGGUUUCUGACGAGACUGUAUCAUCCAUGCAGCUGUCCUGGGCCGCAGCACCAGGAAGAGUCCUUCAGUAUCGUGUUUUCUACCAGUCCACCAUAAGUGGUGUGAAAAAAGAGGUGACAGUUAAGGGGGACACCACAUCAACCAUGCUGAAAAAUCUGGAACCAGGCACAGAGUAUGAGCUCUCCGUGACCGCACGCUACUCCUCGGGACAAGGGGCACCACUGCAAGGCGUGGGAACCACACUGGAAGAGUUAGGCUCACCGAGGGAUUUGAUCACCAGCGAUGUGACAGACACCAGCUUCAUGGUGUCAUGGACGGCGGCUCCAGGAAGAGUGAGGCAGUAUCUUGUGCGCUGGAGAUCUCUGUUCUCUGGAGAGUCUGGAGAAAAGCUGGUGCCUGGAGACGUGACCAGCACACUGUUGGAGAACCUCAGCCCUGAAACACGCUACCAGGUGUCGGUGUUCGCAUCGUAUGAUAGAGGCAACGGAGAACCGCUUGUGGGAGAGGAGACUACUGAUGCCUCUGCAUCUGCCAAGGCUUUACUGGUGUCUGAUGAAACCGAACGAACCAUGCGGGUGAUAUGGAAAGCUGCUCCAGGCCCCGUGGUCAACUACAGACUAACGUACAUCCCUCAGACUGGCGGUAAAGAGAUGACAAUGAAAAUUCCCGCCAAUGUCACCUCCACCAUGCUGAGGAAACUGCAGCACACCACCACCUACUUCAUCACCGUGCAUCCCAUUUACAAACGGGGAGAAGGAAAAGCAAGGCAAGGAGUAGGAACCACACUAUCUCCAUAUAAAGCCCCAAGAAACCUACAGACCUCCGAACCCACCAAAACCAGUUUUCGUGUGACGUGGGACCCCGCUCCCGGUGAUGUGCGAGGAUACAAAGUCACCUUUCAUCCCAGCGAAAACGAUAUUGAUUUGGGAGAACUUCUUGUUGGACCAUACGACAACACGGUUGUCCUUGAGGAACUCCGAGCUGGAACCAAAUACUCCGUGGCUGUUUUUGGCAUGUUUGACGGAGGUCAGAGUAUGCCGCUGGCUGGGGAGGAGAAGACCACCCUCUCUGAUGCACCUGAUAGCCCUCCUGUUAAAUACUCCGGUAAUGAGUGUAAAACAUCAGCCAAGGCUGAUAUUGUCCUGCUGGUGGACGGGUCCUGGAGUAUUGGCCGUCUGAACUUCAAAACCAUUCGUGCUUUUAUUGGUCGCAUGGUGGGCGUCUUUGACAUCGGACCUGACAAGGUUCAAAUCGGUUUGGCUCAGUACAGCGGGGAUCCAAAAACCGAAUGGCAUUUGAAUGCUCACCCCACCCGUGCAUCCCUGCUGGAUGCUGUGGCCAACUUACCGUACAAAGGCGGAAAUACUAUGACGGGUAUGGCCUUGAACUACAUCCUCCAGAACAACUUCAGACCAAACGUGGGUAUGAGACCCGAUUCCCGUAAGAUUGGUGUCCUUGUUACUGACGGCAAAUCCCAGGAUGAGAUUAUAGUGAAUUCUCAGAGACUGCGUGACUCUGGUAUUGAGCUUUACGCCAUCGGUGUGAAGAAUGCUGAUGAAAAUGAGUUGCGAUCCAUUGCUACCGACCCUGAUGAAAUCCACAUGUACAACGUCAACGACUUCUCCUUCCUGUUGGAUAUUGUGGACGACCUCACUGUCAACCUCUGUAACAGCGUUAAAGGCCCAGGAGGUGGGCCAGGGACACCCACUGACCUGGAGACUUCUGAGGUCACACACUACUCCUUCCGUGCUACCUGGAUGCCGCCUGAUGAGCCAGUGGAGAGAUUUCGUAUUGAGUAUGUCCCUGCCGCUGGAGGAAAGACUGAAGUGAUGUUCGUUGAUGGUGAGGAAAACACACUUGUCCUGGUCAACCUGAACCCCAUGACCGAGUAUAUCGUCAGGGUCUAUGGAGUGAUCGGGGAGGAGAGCAGCGAACCUUUGAAAGGAACCGAAACCACACUGCCCCUACCUGCUGUUACUAGCAUGAGAGUGUACGACGAGGCCUUGACGUCCAUGCGGGUCAGAUGGGAGCUGGUUAAAGGAGCCAGUGGGUAUUUGCUGAACUACAACGCCAUCAAUGCUAGCGUGCCCUCUGGAAUGAUGGAGAUGCGAGUCGGUGCAGAUGUGAAUGGCGUCCAGCUCCUGCAGCUGCUUCCAAACACGGCGUACUCGAUCUCCCUGUUCGCCCUGCACGGAGAGGCGGCCAGCCAACCGCUCAUCGACAGAGGAGUCACUCUGCCUCUGCCUGCAGCCGGUGUGCUGAAAAUCACAGAAGUGACCCACAGCUCUAUGCGUCUGACCUGGGAUGCGGCUCCUGGGAAUGUCAGGAAGUACAUCAUCACGUACAAGCGAGAGGACGGGGAACUGAAAGAGUUGGAGGUCAACGGUGACAUCACCACCAUGGUUCUCACCAGCCUGCGCUCUCAGACCGAGUACGAUGUUGCUGUCACUCCAGUCUACGACGAGGGUUCAGGAAAUCCUAUGCUUGGCACGGCAAUAACUGAUGUGGUUCCUGCCCCCAAAAACUUGAGGUUUUCUGAGGUUGGCCAGACUUCAUUCCGAGCCACAUGGGAGCAUGGAGCACCAGAUGUCGGAAUGUACCGUAUUGGAUGGUCCAAGAAGGGCGACAGAGAGAACGUAAAAUCUGAAAUCCUGGCUCGUGAAGAGACAAGCCACCUUCUGACUGAAUUAGACCCAGACACGGAGUAUGAUGUCACUGUCACAGCCAUCUACCCUGAUGAGUCGGAAAGCGAGGAUCUGAUGGGGAGCCAACGCACAUUGUCAAAGCUCAUUACACCCGUGCCCACUGGACCACCACAAAACCUCCAGGUCUUCAACGCCACCACAACAACCCUAACUGUGAAAUGGGACCACGCACCAGGCCCUGUCCAGAGCUACAAAGUCACCUACCAGCUCGUCACCGGAGGAAAACUAUUAUCUGUUCAGGUUGGCGGAAAGAAGAACAGUGUGAUUCUUCAGAAGCUGACCCCUAACACCCCAUACACCAUCACCGUGGCUGCCGUCUAUCGCACCGGAGAAAGUAAAGACAUUUCUGGCCAAGGAAGAACAAAACCCUUAGGAGGAGUGAGAAACCUGCAGGUUUUGAACCCCACCAUGACCACGCUGAACGUUCGCUGGGAGCCGGCAGAAGGAAAAGUCAAGGAGUACAAGGUGGUCUACGUGCCCGCUGCUGGUGGUGCCGAAAGCAUGGAGCAGGUAUCAGGAGCCACGACCAACACCGUCCUGAGAGGCCUUCAGUCAGACACACUUUACACUGUGACCUUAAUUCCUGUGUAUGCCGAAGGAGAAGGCCAGAGAAUGUCUGAGAAUGGAAAAACAAGGGCUCUGGGUGGUGUGAAGAAUCUCAGGGUUACCGACCCAACCAUGACCUCUCUGAAUGUCAAAUGGGACCCGGCGGAUGGAGCCGUGCGCCAGUAUAAGAUCUUUUUCGUCCCUGCAGCUGGAGGAACCGAGGCCAUGGAAACAGUACCUGGACCACAGAAUACCAUAGUUCUACGUAACCUGCAGCCUGAUACUGUAUACACUGUGUCUGUGGUUCCAGUCUAUCCCGCCACAGAGGGCAGACGCCAGUCCGAGAAUGGAAAGACAUUGCCUCUUGGUGGUGUUCGAAACCUCCGUCUCAUUGAUCCCACAUUCACAACCCUCACUGCAACAUGGGAAGCCGCAGACGGGAAUGUGCAAGGUUACAAAGUAAUAUAUGUGCCCACCGGUGGAGGAACUGAGCUCAUGGAACAAGUUUCCGAGAGCACCACGACAUUAGUGUUACAGAAACUCAUGCCAGACACAAUGUACACAGUGACCGUUUUGCCAGUGUACGCUGAAGGAGAUGGACCUCGACUUUCUGAGAAGGGAAAGACUAAACCUUUGGGUAGCGUGAGGAACCUGCAGGUAACAGAUCCAACUAUCAGCACUUUGAAUGUGCGCUGGGAGCCAGCAGAAGGCAAUGUGCGGGAAUACAUAGUCAUUUACGUUCCUGCUGGUAGUCAAGAUCAAGAAGUGGAUCAAGUCCCUGGAACUACCACCUCCACUGUUCUGAAGAACUUAGAGCCUGACACAACCUAUACUGUUACUUUGGUGCCAGUGUAUCACGAAAUGGAGGGCAAAUCUCUUUCAGAGAAUGGAAAAACAAAACCACUGGGUGGAGUUCGCAACCUUCAGGUUACCGAUCCCACCAGCAGCACCCUAAAUGUGCGAUGGGAGCAUGCCGACGGAAAUCCACGCAAUUACAAAGUUUUCUACGUCCCGCAGCCAGGAGAUGCUGAAAUAAUGGAACUAGUUUCCGGUGGGACGACAAGUACUGUCCUGCGAAAUCUCAAUGCUAACACGAUGUACAAGGUCACAUUGUUGCCAAUGUAUGAAAAUGACGUGGAAGGAAAACGUCAGUCAGAAAAUGGAAAGACAAAACCUUUGGGAAGUGUGAAGAACCUUCAGGUGACUGACCCGACUGUCAACUCUUUGAGAGUGAGAUGGGAUGCCGCAGAUGGGGAUGUUCGCCAGUACAACGUCAUUUAUGUUCCUGUUGCUGGAGGUGCUGCAGGCCAGACCCAAGUGUCUGGAAUGUCCACAAAUACUAUUCUGAGAAACCUACAACCAAAUACGGAGUACAAGGUCACUGUAGUACCAGUAUAUGCCGAUGCUGAAGGAAAGAAACAGUCAGCGAAUGGAAAAACAAAGCCUCUGGGUGGAGUGAAGAACUUGCAGGUCACGGAUCCCACAACCAGCUCAUUAAAGGUGCGCUGGGAGCCUGCGGAGGGAAAUGUCCGACAGUAUAGAAUCUUCUACGUUCCAGCGUCUGGUGGUGCAGAGGACAUGGAGCAAGUUUCUGGAGGCACUACCAACACCAUACUGAGGAACCUUCUGUCAGACACGGUCUACACAGUUACGGUGGUUCCUGUUUACCCUGAGGGAGAGGGUCUCCGUCAGUCUGAAAAGGGAAAGACUCUUCCAAGACUUCCACCACGAAAUAUCAAGGUCUAUAACCCAACUCCCAACAGUCUGAAUGUGCGCUGGGAACCCGCCUCAGGCCAGGUGCAGCAGUACAGGGUCGCCUACGCCCCGCUGACUGGGAUUCGACCUCUUGAGUCUGUUCUCGUUCCUGGCAACCUCAACAAUGCUUUCCUGGAUCAGCUCGUUCCAGAUACUCCGUAUUCUGUGAAUGUGAUGGCAGUGUAUGCUGACGGAGAAGGCCCAGGGAUUGACGGAAAUGGAAAAACAUUACCACGAGCUGGACCCAGGAAUAUGAGGGUCUUCGAAACCACCACAAGCACCAUCAGCAUUGGCUGGGAUCAUGCUGAGGGUCCUGUGCAGCAAUACAAGAUUUCAUAUGCUCCAUUGACGGGAGAUCCCAUCACAGAAUUUACUGUUGUGCCUGGCAACAGAAAUAAUGCUAUGCUUCAAAAUCUGCAACCUGACACCCCAUACAACAUCACCGUUACAGCAGUUUAUCCCGAAGGACCUGGUGGAUCCCUGAACGGAAACGGAAAAACACUUGGCCUGCUGGCACCUCAGAACCUGCGAGUCUCAGAUGAAUGGUACACGCGCUUCCGUGUGUCCUGGGAUCCUGCUCCCUCUCCAGUCAUGGGCUACAAACUAGUCUACCAACCAACAACUAAAGAUGAAUCUUUGGAGGUGUUUGUUGGUGAUGUCACCAGCUAUACCCUUCAUAAUCUGCUCCCCGGAACAACAUAUGACGUUCAAGUUUACGCCCAAUAUGAUGGCGGUGUCAGCAAACCUCUCAUCGGACAAGGAACAACAUUGUACCUCAAUGUGACCAACCUGGAGUCGUAUGACGUUGGCUACGACAGGUUCUGCAUUAAAUGGACACCUCACCGCGCCGCCACAUCCUACAGAAUCAAACUAAACCCUGUGGAUCCAUCGGCUAAAGGGCAGCAGGAGAUCACCAUCACUGCGAGUCAGAGUCAGUACUGUUUUGAGGGUUUGAGUCAGGAUUCUCUCUACACCGCCACUGUGUUUGUCCAGACACCCAAUCUAGAAGGGCCCGGAGUCAGUACCAAAGAGCGCACCCGUGUCAAACCCACUCCUGUGCCAACGAAACCCCCCACUCCUCCUCCGCCACCCACUAUUCCACCUGGCUGGGCUGUGUGCAAAGGAGCAAAGGCAGAUGUGGUUUUCCUCAUUGAUGGCUCCUGGAGUAUCGGCGAUGAGAGUUUCAGUAAAGUCAUCCAGUUCGUCUUCAGCGUUGUUGGUGCUUUUGACGUUAUCGGACCAACAGGAAUGCAGAUUUCAUUCGUGCAGUACAGUGACGACGCAAACACAGAGUUCAGGCUCAACACAUAUAAAGAUAAAGGCACUGCGCUCUCCGCUCUCAAACUCAUCCGCUACCAGGGAGGAAACACUAAGACAGGAGUGGCUCUGAAGCAUGUUUAUGAGAAGGUCAUCACUGUAGAAAAUGGAAUGAGAAGAAACGUGCCCAAGGUGGUGGUGGCUGUAACAGAUGGACGCUCUCAGGAUGACGUGCAGAAGAACGCUGCCAAGUUACAGCAUGCUGGCUACAGUGUGUUUGUUGUUGGUGUGGCUGAUGUGGACUUCGUGGAGCUGCAGAACAUUGCCAGCAAACCGAGCGAACGUCACGUUUUUGUGGUGGACGAUUUUGACGCCUUCUCAACUAUUCAGGAUAACCUGGUCACGUUCAUCUGUGAAACCGCGACCUCCUCCUGUCCGCUGAUCUACGUCAAUGGAUUUACGUCUCCAGGAUUCAGGAUGCUGGAAGCUUUUAAUCUGACUGAGAAGAUGUACGCAAGCACCAAGGGAGUCUCGAUGGAGCCUGGUUCCUUCAACAGCUACACAGCCUACAGACUCCACAAGAAUGCUUUCCUGAGCCAGCCUUCAUCAUAUAUCCAUCCUGAUGGUCUGCCUUUAACAUACACCAUCAUCCUGAUGUUCAGACUGUUGCCGGAUUCACCAAAUGAAGCCUUCGAUAUCUGGCAGGUGUCUGACAAGAAUUACAAACCCGAGACUGGUGUCACCAUUGAUCCAUCUGCCCAAAGUAUUUCAUUUUAUAACAAGGAUACAACAGGAGAGAUCCAACGAGCCACGUUUAAAAAUGAUCAGGUCAAGAGGAUCUUCCAUGGAAGCUUCCACAAGCUCCACAUCCUGGUGUCUUCCAAGAGCAUCAAGCUGAACGUGGACUGCCACGAAGUAGCAGAAAAGGAGAUUAAACCAGCAGGAAACACAUCGACGGAUGGAUUUCAAGUGCUUGGAAAAAUGUCCAAAUCUAUCGGCUCAAAAGGAGAAUCAGCAACAUUUCAGCUCCAGAUGUUUGACAUUGUGUGCAGUCUCGGCUGGACCAGCAGGGACAGAUGUUGUGACCUUCCUUCAAUGAGAGAUGAAUCCAAAUGUCCAGCUCUUCCCAAUGCAUGCACAUGCACCUCAGACAGUUCAGGACCCCAGGGGCCACAGGGGCCAGUGGGUGCUCCUGGAAGCAAAGGACCACGAGGAGAGAGAGGAGAGCCUGGUCAAGUUGGUCCCGUCGGCACACGUGGAGAGAUGGGAAUGCCGGGUCCAAUGGGUCCUCCAGGACCACAGGGCCCAAGUGGACGCUCUAUCCCUGGUGAAGCUGGUCGUCAAGGUCCGAAGGGGGAUCCAGGCGAUGCUGGCUUACCUGGACAGAAAGGUCCACCAGGACCGACUGGUGCCAUCGGGCCUAUCGGACCAGCUGGAAUACGGGGACCCCCAGGGAAGGAGGGGCCAUUGGGACCCAUGGGCCCUCAAGGAGCAAUGGGACCCCCAGGAGCCCCUGGAAUGCCUGGAUCUGCUGGAAAGCCUGGAAAGAAUGGAGAUACAGGUGUUCCGGGACUUACCGGGGUUAAAGGAGACAAAGGAGAGAGAGGAGACAUCGCAUCUCAGAGCUAUGAUGCGCUCUAUUGCCAGACAAGUCUGCGAACAGCUCGUGAAACGGUAAUGCAUUGCUUCCCGCACAAUGUCCUAAAGGAAAACAGUAAAUAG